AAACCCCUAAGAGACAAGAUGCUAUACAUCACAAGGAAAUAAUCAAACACACUUUGUUAUGAAAAGGGUCAUUUUCCAAAAUUCUAGUUUCAGAAAAAAGCUGACUAUUAUUUUUAUCAGAACUAGGUCUAUAGUACAAUACAUGAAAACAACAAAUAUUGUGUUGAGCUACUAGGCCUGUCCUAUUAACAGUCUGGAGUGAACUAUUCACCAGCCCUUCUUUUGAUAUUCACAGGAACUAGAUGAUACUUUUUGCCAGAUCAGUGAAGAAACCAAUGGGAAAGUUUUGUGGUGGGCUGUUGUGUAGACUUCCAUUCAACUAUCAGUUGGAUUUUGGCAAAUCAAAAGACUGAAAGACUUCCUGAUUGCAAAGAAGUUGGUUUGAUAAGAACUUUAGAGCAGGAAUGAUGUCUUGCAGUACAAUGCACAGUGUCCACUAGAGUCAACUGCUAUUCCAAACUCGACUAAGAUCAGUGCUGAGUAGGCAUCUAUUUUACUGUACAUCCUUCUAGAGACAAUGUAUGAUUAAUAAAAUGUGUUUGUUUCAUCUUACACAACUAUCCCAAUUUGUUUUCUCCAAUGAAUGCACCAAAAUGUAAAUAAUGACGUAGCCAGCCAAUCAGAAAGCGAUCUGAAAUACAAACAAACCGAACAUCAGAAGGUAGCACAGGCUAGUUAAUUGCUACAGUUGCUAAAGCCAGAAAACGACCCGGAAAGUUUUGUGACAGUUUGCUAGCUAGUUCCAUAGAGAACCAAGGGCCAUCAUACAAUGUCUUACUGGAUCUGCUGUAACUCCUGCUUCAACCUCCCUGGUCCUGACCGUAAAUUAGCUGUUACCACCUGUGGUCAUGUCAUCUGCAACGUGUGUUUUCAGAAAGCCAAUCAAGGGGAGUGCAUGAUAUGUAACACAAAAUGUCAAGUUACUCCUCUCUCAGACAAUAGUAGUGCAGAGGUAAAGGCCCUCUUCUCUGACAUCAAUUCUGUAGCAACCAAAAACUUAACAGAGAUAAGCAAGGUGUUACUAUUCCAGGCAAGGCACCAAAAGAGGUUGUUGGCGCAUUCCCAGCAGAGGAAUGAAAAGUUAGAAGAAGUUUUACUCAAAAUGAAGCAAGAAAUGCAGCAAAUGUCUAAGAAAAUUACAGAGCAGAAUGCCUAUAUUGCCAAACUGGAGAGCACUCGUCAGCAUCAAAGUGCAAAAGCAGCUUCUACAUCACAGCUGAACCGUAGUUCUCACAAUGCUCGUUCACAUCAAAUCAAAUCAGAUCAAACGCAGAUACCAUUCAACUCACCCAUGUCCCUCUCUCGCUACUCAUCUACUACAAGUCUGGCAGAAAGCAUGGAGGUGGAUAACAGAGGUCUGUUUAGGAAACCGGAGCUCUCUGGAAGUGUCCAGAGGUUGUCCUUGAUCAGCCCUCCACAGGACGGCCGGAUGGGUAUCGUCCCCCAUCGAUCGACCAAUCAAAACACCCUAGUCAACCACUCAGCUCGCUCGGCCACUGUCAGCCGCCUGGCAGAGUUGCAGAUGACUCCUAACCUGCCGUAUAGUAGGAACACAGGGUGGGAGACGCCCGUGUUCAAGCCCCCGUCCGCCUACAGACACUCCUCCAUGUCUUCUCUGGUCGUGUCCUCUCUGGGGGUCACCUGCCCUCCACCGUAACACCGCCAAGAGUCAGCCAUCACGACGGCACAAGGAGACGUCUC